GAGUUGCACGCUCUACUGACUGGGUCAGCCGGAUGACCUUGGUUAUAGUUAUUUGUAAAUACUUUGGCUGGCUUAGCUUUCCGUAGGCCUGUGGAAAGCACAAGAGAACCCCUCCCACCCGCCCAUCUCCCUGGCCUGCCCCAAGUAGGAUUAAAGGCAGGCUGCACUGAAAGUUGUGCAUUGACACACACUUCUAACUAACAGCUCUAACAAUGUGAAAUUCUAGGUGCUGCUCAGGGUGGUUUACCGGGAGCAUAAAUCUGAGACUGUUGAGUUAGUCUUUUCCCACCCUUUAGUACCCGUGUGGGACCCUACAUGGUGUCUGGGUUUGACGUUCUAACGUGGCCGUCAACAGAAGAGCAACUAAAUGCCACGUGCAUUUCUGCUGUUGUUUCAUAGAUCACCAAACAUCAAGCCUAUAUCAGAAUAAAUUCAAAUUAAAGGUAGUAAAGAUAGCAGCUCGUCUUAGGAAAUCCAUCCUGUGACAUGGUAGCGUGUGGAUCAGGGGGAUGUGGGCGAACAUGCUGCUGAUGUCAUAAUUCUCCUACUCAAUAAUGGGCGGGCACGUAGGAAGGCAAGCAGCUUGGUGUGUGGACUUCCGCUUCCUCUACAAGGGUCCUUUAAAGAGAGGCCUUCCACUGGCAUUCAGAAGUCCCAGCACAGUUGAAGAAUAUAGCACAGUUGCAUCUGUAAUGAUGGCUCACUCAACUGGGAACAUCUCUCUGGAGACCAUCAUGCAGACAUCAGAGACCGGGUCGGACACAGGUUCGACAGUGACCUUACAGACAUCUGUGGCCAGUCAGGCAGCAGUGCCUACCCAGGUGGUGCAGCAGGUGCCCGUCCAACAACAGGUACAGCAGGUGCAGACUGUGCAGCAGGUCCAGCAUGUCUACCCCGCUCAGGUGCAGUAUGUGGAAGGAAGCGAUACUGUCUAUACCAACGGAGCAAUCCGAACAACAACUUAUCCUUACACAGAAACGCAGAUGUACAGCCAAAACACUGGAGGGAAUUACUUUGAUACCCAAGGGAGUUCUGCACAGGUGACCACCGUGGUUUCGUCCCACAGCAUGGUGGGCACUGGUGGGAUUCAGAUGGGCGUCACGGGAGGACAACUCAUCAGCAGCUCUGGAGGAACCUAUCUCAUCGGCAAUUCCAUGGAGAACUCCGGUCACUCGGUGACACAUACCACUCGGGCCUCCCCAGCGACAAUUGAAAUGGCGAUUGAGACGCUGCAAAAGUCUGACGGUCUGUCCACUCACAGAAGCUCUCUCCUCAACAGCCAUCUCCAGUGGCUGUUGGACAAUUAUGAGACAGCAGAAGGAGUGAGCCUUCCCAGAAGCACGUUGUACAACCACUACCUACGACAUUGCCAGGAACACAAACUGGACCCAGUCAAUGCUGCUUCUUUUGGAAAACUAAUAAGGUCAAUUUUUAUGGGAUUACGAACCAGGAGAUUGGGAACUAGAGGAAACUCCAAGUACCAUUACUAUGGGAUUCGCGUCAAGCCAGAUUCCCCUCUGAAUCGUCUGCAGGAAGACAUGCAGUAUAUGGCUAUGAGGCAGCAGCCCAUGCAACAGAAACAAAGGUACAAGCCUAUGCAGAAGGUGGAUGGGGUUGCAGAUGGUUUCACAGGAAGUGGUCAACAGACCGGCACAUCUGUUGAACAAACUGUAAUAGCCCAAAGUCAACAUCAUCAGCAGUUUUUAGAUGCAUCUCGAGCACUUCCAGAGUUUGGAGAAGUUGAAAUCUCUUCUCUGCCAGAUGGUACUACCUUUGAGGAUAUCAAGUCACUGCAGAGUCUUUAUCGAGAGCACUGUGAGGCAAUAUUGGACGUUGUUGUGAAUCUUCAAUUUAGCCUGAUAGAGAAACUGUGGCAAACAUUCUGGCGCUAUUCUCCCUCGACUCCGACCGACGGCACUACCCUCACUGAAUCAAGCAAUCUGAGUGAAAUAGAAAGUCGACUUCCGAAAGCAAAGCUGAUAACUCUGUGCAAACAUGAGUCUAUCCUGAAAUGGAUGUGUAACUGUGACCAUGGGAUGUACCAGGCUUUGGUGGAGAUUCUCAUCCCCGACGUGCUUAGACCUAUUCCUAGUGCCUUGACCCAAGCCAUUCGAAAUUUUGCAAAAAGCCUUGAAGGUUGGCUUUCCAAUGCCAUGAACAAUAUCCCACAGAGAAUGAUACAAACCAAGGUUGCCGCUGUAAGUGCCUUUGCCCAGACUCUGCGAAGAUACACAUCGCUCAAUCACCUGGCCCAGGCAGCUCGUGCAGUGCUCCAGAACACUUCCCAGAUCAACCAGAUGCUCAAUGACCUCAACCGUGUCGACUUUGCCAAUGUCCAGGAGCAGGCGUCUUGGGUGUGCCAGUGUGAUGACAACAUGGUCCAGAGACUAGAGACAGACUUCAAGAUGACCCUCCAGCAGCAGAGCACCCUGGAGCAGUGGGCCGCGUGGCUGGACAACGUGAUGAUGCAGGCGCUAAAACCCUACGAGGGAAGGCCCAGUUUUCCUAAAGCCGCCCGGCAAUUCCUGCUAAAAUGGUCUUUCUACAGCUCAAUGGUUAUUCGGGACUUAACCUUACGCAGUGCUGCUAGCUUCGGCUCCUUUCACCUGAUCCGUCUGCUCUACGAUGAGUACAUGUUCUACUUAGUAGAACAUCGUGUUGCUCAGGCAACAGGAGAGACACCCAUCGCGGUCAUGGGCGAGUUUGGUGAUUUAAAUGCUGUGUCUCCUGGAAAUCUGGAUAAAGUUUCAGGUGUCAAGAAGGAUUUUUACCACACUUAAUGCCAAUGUUUUUGUUUUCUUAUAAUUAAAAAGUAAUUUACAUUUUUGUAGCUUAAAAUAUUUUAUUGUUGAUCGUUAGUCUUGGUGUAUGAUUUCAUGUGUAAGUUUUUAAUUAGAUGCACUUCUGUGAAAUAUCAAAAGAAAGGAAUUUCUUUGAUUUACACUGGAGGCAUGCCCAUUUGCCGGCAGAUGCAUCAGAUUUGCUUUUGAAAGGUGCUUUGCAUUGGACAGAACCACAAGACAGGAUUUUGAUAACACUUUGGUACGGAGAGAGAAUACAGAGCAUUUUUAUGACAGUGCUAGAGGGUUGGGAAGGUCAUCUCUUUUUCUCGGGAGAAAAAUUGAGCUGUGCAUUUAUCCGUUUGGAGUAAAUGACAGAACUGCAAGAGAUUAUGCUAAUAUGUACAUAAUUUGUGUACAUAAUUAUUAAACCACAUUAAUGCAAGCUUCCGUUAAACAUUGAAUUUUAACCGUUAUUUGCAUACCAAUUCCUCUGUUUAAAGACUACUGAUUCUGUAUUUGGGACCACUGCACAGAUGCAUUCUGCUGUCGAGUGGGGCUGUUAUAGUUAGAUACUGAAGCUGAAAAAAAAUGACUUGACUUUUUUUUUUUUAAAUUUUUUUUGUUUUUUUUUUUAAGUGUACAUGCUACUUAUGCUGAGCUGGACAUACAGGAAACCAUUCCAUUUGGAUGACUUUCUUUUAUUCCAGGUCUUUUUCCUAAUAGUAGUUCAAUAUGCUGCUAUUAUAGAAGAAAAUUUAUAGAAUGCAAGGAAUGUAGCAACCUGCAUAUUGUGAUUUCCUUCAAAAAAUAUUUCCUGGUUUCUAAAGUAUGUGGAUUUACAUUUUAAACAGAACCUGAAGGCAGUGUAACUGGCACACCACACUGUUGCUUAUCCCCAAUUCAGUAGGAUUUGGAUAGGUGGCCGGAUGGACCAGUGCCAUUGAAGAAUGUACAUCAGGGAUCAUCGUACCUCGGCUAUUACAUGGUGCCUUAAAACAGAACUGAAGCUACGGUUUAGUAAGGCUUAUUUUGUUCAUGUGAAUUCUCUUCAAUCCAUUUGACAAGGUGUACCUGUCACGUUCAGAUUCCCGGAGUGAGGACAGGUCACGUGUUCUUCAAAGGAAAUUUAGGGCAAGCAGAGCAAAACAAAAAGAGAAAAAAAAAAAAGAAAGAAAAGAAAAAAAAAAAUCAAUUCCCCUCUCCGAGUGACCACGAACGGACUUUUUUGUUCAUAGAGCUGAAUAUUACUUGAUUACGAAUCAGAUUGCUUAAGGGUGUGGAAUAGCAGACUAGUUUUAAUUACCAACUUGUCACAUAAAAUCAUACAUGUUUUAGGUCAUUUUUAUCUAGUUCUCGUUGAAGAAAGUUAACAAAAUAAGCAGGUACUUAUCGAAGUGCAUCUUUUCAGUCUAAAUGUGUUUUUUUGUUUGUUUGUUUGUUUGUUUUCGUCUGUGUCUUGGUAUCUGUGUGUCCACAGCGCACACAAGUGCUGGUGGGCAGGGGUCAACUCAAAGUCAGGUGAGGUCCUAGACAGGAUACACCCAUCCCCAUUUGAAUUUACAUGAAAAGCCAAGGUUCUUUUAAGCACUCAAGUUAUUAACAGCAACAACACAACAACCACAAAAACCGGCACACUGAUCCAGUUAAGUAGUUUUUAUAAAAAGCUGACCAGCAAAAAGAAAUGAAUACAUAAACAUGUAAAGCCAAAAAGAAAAAAAAAAAAAAGAGAGAGAGAGAAAGCACAAAAUGAUUUAUAGAUGAUUAAUGAGGCCUAUAUUAAUCUCAAGAUGUUUAUCUUUCCAGUUUUAUUGGGGUGGGGGUGGGGGGUUGGAAAGUCGAGGGUGAGCCAGUCUGUAAAGUUAAAAGUACCAAAUGGCUUAUCGGGUAGGGUGUUCUGGUUGCUCGAUUGCCUUAGGCCGUUCACAAAACUAAGAUCCACAAAAUUUCUUAAGUAAACUUUAAAUGUUCUAGAUGUAAUUUUUUAAAUGGAUUCAAAUUUUGUAUGACUCAUCGCAUAUAUUUGCAAGCCUCCACUAGCAUUCUCCCAUCACCUCAUCCAAGUAUCAUUGAAAUGACUAGUUCCCUUUUUUUCCCUCCCCCGCAAAAAGCGAUGAAUUUGCACCAUUACACACACAAAAAGGCAAACAAACAAACAAAACAACUUCACUGCAAAGACCACAUAUCUAUUUCAUUGUGCAUUAGGGGACGUUUACAGGUAAAAUUAAAAUCACAAAAUGAAAAAGACACUCUUCGUUUCGACUCUCCUUUCUGAAAAGCUUCUUUGCUUUCCUCUCCCUGUCCACCAGCCCCAGAACUCCACUCUAUCUGUAUUGGACCAAAUGUAUUUGCUGGUUUCGCCUUGUUUAUUGAACGAUUUUCAAUGUAUUAAUUGUCACUGUUCACUGUUGGAUAUAUUUGUAUCCUUAGAGGAAUCUGAUAACAAUGGGCAAAUUUAGAGUGAUGGAAGGUAGGGAUUGGGGACCCUCCAGGAUUCAACAUUUCUUCCAAUUGUUCAUGGUUUGUUCUCCAUCAGGACAGAUUAGGAAUUAAUAAGUAGGACUGCAUUUCAGCUUGGCUCACUAGAAACCUCCAGAUCUCCUUUACGAACACAGGAACAUUCAUCUUUGACUAGGACAGAUAGUUCCAAACCAACAGACAAAAGAGCAUCUGCAGUGUGAGCUAUUUCCGGUGAUCUAGAGUCUACAGUAAGACAAGAACACCUCUACGGUCAGACACAGACAUCUCAACCACUCUCGAAUUUGAACCGUGAGAUAGAGGAGAGAAUCAAACCUCCUAAUUUGUGCAUUUGAGGCAAUUGGAACAAUCCCCUUUAUUGCAUUUAUUUGAUGUUUGGUUUUCAUUUGUUUCAUUCAUUGAAACUGUGACUUUUUCUAAGGAAGACGGAUUCUAAUACUCUCAGAGUAGAUUUAUUGACAAGUGACAAGUACACAUGGUAAGGACUUCUUAAUAUUUCUUGACAUUGUAACCAAACCCACUAGUCAUGAAAAGUACCUGCAUAGACCAAGUGCUACACUUUCAGCGCGGAAGAUGUAACGAAGGCAUGUUGGCUAUUUUUAAGUCUCUGAAAAGAUACUUACGUAAAAUAGGAUUGAGUCUCGUGGGUAUGGUUUGAUCUUCACAUACAUACUUUGAGAAUCGUACCCAGAAGAUUUGCAUUCAUGAAGCCAGUGAACAAUGGGGUGAAAUGGGGGACCCACCUCCUUGGAACACAGGGCCCAAUUUUGAAUUUUUUCUUUGGCUCUCAAACGGCUGGUCACUUUUUCAGGAUUCUCAUCCAAACCAUGUUUGGACUGACUAUUUAAGUCUUACUGCCUUUUCAGAAAUCUGCUUUUUCCUUUUUGUGCUUUUUCUUGUACUGUAUAGCACGGUUCAUGCACCUCUCUUUAGAUGGUGUACUUUAAAAACAAAAGUAAAUUUUAGAAAACGGUUUUAACACUGCGUACCUGAAAUUAGUAGUGUGCAACACUGACUGCCUUCGCUUUGUAGCAGACGAGUCAAAACGAACACGUUCUCGCGGCAUCUGCUGUCAACGUCGUUCAGGAACGACCACGGUUUUCAUUGCUGUCGUCAUGAGCCUUGUUUUGUGAGCGCGCUCCCCAGAAGUGCUGAACGUGAUGCAUUUUCAAAUUAAAGAAAAAAUUCUUCAGAUGGUAUAUUUGAAAUGUCUAAAAUGAUGCUGUGCUUGAAACAUUAGUGUAAAAGGAAAAAAAAAUGUGUGUCACUGUGAUGUUGGUCCUCCCCGUGUGGACUCAAGUAGAAAGUUUAAAAAAAAAAAAAAAAAAAAAAAAGCUUUGGCAAGUCACCUUUCUGUACAAUUUGAGGCAGUGGUUAUAGACAACAGAUUGACUUUUGGUAGAACCUUCCCUCCCCCAAAUUCUUGGUGAGAAAACACCAACUAUCAAAACAGGGAAAUCAGGACAAAUCAGAACUUCUGAUUUCGAUGGAGAGCACGGGAACGGGGGGAGACGGGUGCACAUGCAGUACUACGGAAAUUGGGCUUGUCACUAGAUCAGAUCAACCUCCAUGUAGAUGGUUAGAGUAAAUCAAUGAAUGGAAUCCUAGUAUUUCUGCAAGUUUGGUGAUUUUAAAACAAAACAAAACAAAACAAAAACACAAAAAACUGGAAUAGAAGCAUUAUUCCAGUGCUUAGUUCUAGUAUUAGAAAACCCCUUGGAUGUAAUGCCUUGUAUUAACCCUUUGAGCAUUGUAAGAUAUACAAUGGGGGACAAAAGCCUUUCAGAUCAUUUAUUUAGACUUAGACCGGUAAAAUAUACUCUAUAUCCAAAUGUCUAAUUAUGCUGUUUUUUUAAAAGGGUGGGGGGGGGUAGGAAGAGAAAGUGUUUCCAUGCUGAACACUUGCAUUUUAUAUACAACUCUUAAUUUUCUUCUUCAAGAGGGCUUGAUAUAUUUAUUCCCAAAUAUUCACUGCCAUCUAAGUAAGUGUACUGUUUACAGAAAAAAAAUCGACUUUUCUAGCAUCACAUCAUGACUCUAGAAAAGGACAGAUAACAUGGGCCUGUUGACCUAUGUUGAAACUGAUCUCUGCACAUUGAAAAGUACCUAGAUUGCCUUUAAAAGGUAUGAUAAAGAAAGGGUUACAUUUCUUUUUCUUUUUUAAAUUUUUAUUGUUUUUGUCCUUUCCCAAAACAAAACAAAAGAUCUCUUUUAUUUAGCUUUAGAAAGUACAGUUGUAAGCAAAGCCUUAGGAAGAAAUGAGUUCGAGUGGAUGAAGAAAAGUUGAACUCUUUGGGGGCAGGGAAGCUAUGUGGAGUUUGAUCGCUCACAAAAUAAUAAUUGUUUGGGAAUUUCAGACAGGGCAUAAUUUUACCUAUGCUCCAAAACUUUAUGUCACAGUUUGUCAAAAACUCAGACGUAGGUAGAACAGAGAGCAAAGCAUUUCAUUCUCAGCUCAUCUGUCCGGAGAUGCCAUGACGACUGCUUCUGAUCUGGGCAAAUGUCAGUCUGCUUACACAGUUGCCGACUUGGUUCAAGGGACGCUCUGCGUGCCCUUGUCCCCUUUUUGUCCCCCACGUGCCGGAACAUGACAGCAGUGUCAUCUGCAGACGCGCUUGGCGCCGCCUGAGAGUGUAAACCUAUUCUGAUGUCUGGUGAAGGGACAUCCAUAGCAUAGUGCAAGUUUGCCGCAAAAACAUUGCUUUUCAGGCAGUGUAGGAAGUCCAACCAUGCAAAUUACUCAUGUGUUAACAUGCAAUACUCAAAGGGUUUUAAUUUAACUCUCUUCUUUUGAAUUCUUCAUGAUGAUUUACUGUAAAUGCUUCUCAGUUUGCAUGCUCUGAUCAUUGCUGCUAGUGAUUUUACGUGCCAGUAGACCUGAGUUUAGUUUACCAAUUUUACUUAAAUAGUAAAAGCCACUUACAAAGUGACUGCCUAGGAUUUUUUUUUCCUUUUGUUUGAAGUAAUUGGUAACACGUCUUAUUUUUAAGAAAUGUGUUUUGUCUCUUCUUUUAUUCGGUUCCGGUAUGUGAUUCUUUAUCUCCCCCCCCAACUUUCCUUUGUUUUUUAAAUAAAUUAUGAUGUUGGGAUUGGAAGCCCUGAGUAAUGAAAUCUUUUGGUAAGAAUUGUUACGUAGCUCGAUCAUGAGGACAACAAAUCUCUGUUAGAAGAAUUCUGAUUCUGGGGGAGGAAGGGAAAAAUUGAAACUCCCAUUGACUGUUAAUAACCGAGUAAAUUUUUCCUUCAAUGAAUUAAUAGUUUUGAACGAAUGAUUGCCUUGUUUUAACCUGCUAACCACAAUUUUAAAUGACCCAAUAAAGGAGGUAUUGAAUUUUA